GACGGGCCUCAGCUUACAGUAGUUCCUGCAGACAGGAGCUGGAUAUGGGUGAGUCGCUGCGGAGGGCCAUGCUAUCAAAGUCUCUGAACAAUAAUUUACGGACUUGAAUUGCGCCGUUAAAGAGCAUUUGCACGUUUUUCUUGCAGAGUCUGCGUAAGUGCAGAAGUGCGUCUCUGGCCGACUGUUAGUUUUUAAAGCUAGCGGGCUAAUGUUAGCUAGCGGAGGCAGGCCCAGCGAAGAGUCUCAGAGUUUACAGUGUUUUUAUCAGCCACGGUAAUUAAACAGCUAAUGAAGUAGAUGUUAUCGAUGCCACUUGACCUGUCACUCUUAUAUCCCAGCAACAAAACUCUCACAACUAAUCCAGCUCGUUAAGAUUUUGGGGGUGUUUUGAGGUUAGCAUAGCUUAUUAGCGAACUGAAUUAAAAGCGACAUUAAAACCAUGACUUCCAGGAGGACAGGCUAUGCUGGUAGCAUGGACUCCUCUCCUUCAAACAGUGGAAACCGUAAACAAAGUAUCAUUAACAUCCCGGAGAGGAGCGGCGUGGAGUCCUCCUGCUACGAUCGGAAGGGGGACAAGGCUGGAUACGGAGCUCCGCAGGGCGGCAUGACUGUCACGUCGCUAAAAUCACGCCUCGCCCCGACCAUCCAGACUGCCAUGUCCGCCGCGGUGGACACUCUGCUGGGCGAGGUGGUGCUUGUGCUCAACGAGACUCAACAAGAGCUGCUGCACAAGGAGCAGGAGAACGAGAGGCUCAAAGUGCGUCUGGAGGUGUCCGAGAGGGAGCUGAAGACUCUGCAGGAGUGUCUGUGCAGCGCCCAGAAGCUCAUAGACCAGCUCCAGAUCUCAUACACGGGCCCUCAGGCCAUCAGUCAGUCCGUUUUCGCACCAUCGCUGUCUUCAAUGGCUUCAAUGACAUCAGGCUUGGACCGGGACCACCAGAACGCGCGGAAUGUGAACGGGGCCGGGGUGGACCUGGGUCUCGGCGGCUCCGUGGAUGACUCGCUUCACGGCUUUGAGCCAAGAGAUGACUACAAGAUGUGCCAGCUUUCAAUCCAGCCAGAUGGAUCUGUGACUAACCACGCUCUGGACUCCUUUACUUCUAACGCAUCUCACAUGUGCUCCGAUUCCAGCAGACCAGAUGACAGACAGUCUCAAGGACCAGGUGGGGCGGCCAGGUUUGAGGUUAAAGAGGAGCAGGGACCUGCUUCAGGCUCUGGUCAGCCCAGCAGGAAGGAGCCUGGGUUGCGUAAUGACAACAGAGUCGGGGACGGAGACCUUGGCUACGUCCAGGUGGAGGGGGAGGGAGGUUCCCAGCGGCCCUUUACUCACCCGCUGCGUCACCAAAGACCUGUGCGGGAAUGCAGCGGUGCCUUGCAGCAGGGCGGACUUGAUGGACAGAAACAGUUGGCGAGGAGUUCUGGAGCCGUGAGAGUGGACAGUGUUUCACCGGGCAGAGCGGAGGACUCUGCGGGACCUUCGGCCUCUGACACGGUAGGGGAGCCCUCCGGAGACCGUCCUCACCACUGCUUAGAGUGUGGAAAGACUUUCCGGCUGAUCUCCAGCCUGAAGAAGCACAUCCGCAUCCACACAGGAGAGAAGCCGUACCCGUGUGGAGUCUGUGGCCGCCGCUUCCGCGAGUCAGGCGCCCUGAAAACCCACCUGCGCAUACACACGGGCGAGAAGCCGUACUCUUGCUCCGAGUGUGGGAACUGCUUCCGCCACCUGGACGGUUUGCGCAAGCACAGACGCACGCACACGGGAGAGAAACCGUACGUGUGCGCCAUCUGCGGGAAGCGCCUGAGCCGCCUGCAGCACCUUAAACACCACCAGCUGAUCCACACCGGAGAGAGACCGUGCUGCUGCCCCUUCUGCAACCGCAGCUUCAAGGAGCCCGCGGCGCUGCGGAAACACAUCCGCACGCACCGGGAGGAAGGCGGUCACAUGGGGUUGGGCGCCAGCGACGACACGGACCCAGACGGCAUGGACGACAUUAACAACCUCCACCCGGCAGCUCCGUCCCCUCAGAUGAGGUUUGGGGAGUGGGGGGCCGAGGAGGACGACAGCUCGGUGGUGGACUGCGUGUAGAGCACCAGUAAAGGAGAAACUGUCUGCUGGUAUUUUUACUCCGGGUGCAGAACGUGGAACAAGCUGUUUGUGUAGUUUGUAAACACGAUGGAUAAGGUCAUCUCUGUUCCAUCCUGUUGAAGUGAAGAACGAGGCUACAUAUAACCCCAGCCUUGGAGCUUAGUUUGUAUCCGACAUUUUCAUGCUUUACACUCUUAGAUGUAAAAAUAACGUUUAAAAUAUCCUCUGUA